GAGGUCCCAUGCGUCUCCAUGAAAGUCCACACAACAAGUGGAAUACGUGGCCACUUAGUUUUGAUUAUACUUCAUUUUUAUAACUUAUUUUGAACCUCUUAACAUCUCUUCGCCAUCAGCAUGUUUAUAUCUGGAAUUUCCAUCAUUUACAUUAUUUUAAUCCUCGUUAUUCUCAUUAGUCUGUUUUGUUUAGUAUUAUAUCUAACGACUGAACCAUAUCCUGAGAUACGGAGGUCCGACGAAGAGAUAUUAUUUUUUAAUUCUCAAACUGGUCAAAAGGAAAGGUUUCCUUCCCUUGAUGAAGAUUGGAGUGUACACCUUAGUAUUAUUGUACCAGCCUAUAAUGAAGAGGAACGAUUACCUCCGAUGUUGGACGAAUGUUUAGAGUACUUAGAACCUCGAAGAAAGUCUGGAUUUACGUAUGAAAUAAUUAUAGUUAGUGAUGGAAGUACAGAUGGUACAGCUUUAGUAGCACAAAAUUAUGCCGAUAAACAUGAUACAAUUAGGAUAUUAAUUUUAAAGAAGAAUAGAGGAAAAGGUGGCGCAGUGAGACUUGGUAUUGAAUGUGCAAGAGGUAGCUUACUACUAUUUGCGGAUGCCGAUGGUGCUACUAAAUUUGAAGAUUUGGAGAAAUUGGAAGAGAGUAUAAGUGAAAUGCUACAUUGUGAUUAUAAGGUAGAGCCAGAUAAGGUUGCAAGUAUGCGAGCUGUUGUAUGCGGGUCUCGGGCGCAUUUAGAAAAAGAGGCAACAGCCAAUCGAAGUGUAUUUCGAUUAAUAUUGAUGCAUGGAUUUCAUUUUCUAGUCUGGCUCUUAUGCGUGAAGAAUGUGCGAGAUACACAGUGUGGAUUUAAGCUUCUAACUCGCGAAUCUGCUAGAAUAUUAUUUCGAGCCUUACACAUAGAACGUUGGGCUUUUGACGUUGAAUUAUUGUAUAUAGCUCAAACUUUAAAAAUGCCCAUAUCCGAAAUAGCUGUAAAUUGGACAGAAAUUGAAGGAUCAAAACUUGUUCCUUUCUGGAGCUGGGUACAAAUGGGCCGGGAUUUGGGUUUAAUAUGGUUGAGAUAUCAAAUUGGAGCGUGGAAAAUUAAUGCAAAGAAAAAGUCGUAGUUUUUGAAGCAGUGAGAGAACUUGUUAUAUUGUAAUCAAUUUACUUUGUAGCUUAUUGUAAAUUAGCUACAAUUUAACUAAAAAUUGAACGCAAUAUUUCGAGUUGAUUUAAAGUCGAGAAUGCUGUCGACAGUACAUAAGAACUAAUUUUAAAUUACUUAAUGUAUCAUUUCCAAAAAUGUACAUUUAGUAAAUGGUGAAACAACCGUACACGGUACAUAUAAAAAAUCUGACUUAUGUUGAAAGACUAGUACAACAGUCUCCUAAUGAUCAGUAUCGAUGAAUAUUGUAAAAAAAAACUUUUGAUACAGCAUAUAAAGUAUAGGCUUUAUUCUUUAAAUGUAUUCUAUAAUAAAAAGAUUUAUUAAAAAUAUCUUUUUUAAAUAUUAA